CGAACAUGAUCAAAACAUUCUGAAGUUGUUGAUCAACUUUGAGGUGUAAAUGUAAUGUUAUAUAAAAUGAAUGGGAAUGCAGCGUCUCCGAGCACAGUUACAAUAACAAGCACAACAGAUGAAAAUGCUUGUUUUUCAACCGUAGAUGGCACAGUCAAAUCAUGGAUGAUCGACUAUUUGUUUCUCUCCAUAACUCAUCAUUUCAAAGAAAAGAAUUCCGUGGAGUUCAUGAGAGCUGUACGGUCAUUCGAAGCUUUGAUCGAUGCGGUUCAAUUGGAGGACCAUCAGAUGAAAAAGAAGUUAAUCUGUGGUUUCCUUGCGAGAAUCAUGGACGCCAAAAAUUUAGAUGUCCAGUACACCUCUGAAGAGGAGGUCACACCACUGAUGUCAGCUGUUGUAGUUUGGACUGCUAUGGACAAAGUUGUGACGGAUGCAAAUGUUCACCAAACCAUCAAACGGCUGCUUUUCAUUCAGUCGGUUGGCGUGUGUUUAGAGAAAGGAAUGCCGUCAAUGGCCAAGGAUGCCCUACAGUGGUUCGAACGAGAAUGUGACCUUCCACAGAAAUUACAAAUGAAACUGGCCUCAAUAGUAAGGGCCAAGAACACCUAUGACGCGUACCUCACCAGCUUCAGUUUCACCCGCUUGUUGGAACAAAUACAAGCAUUCCUCGACUCUUUUCUCGAAGAAAACCCAUCAAGUUUUCUUCUGCAGGCAGCCUCUAAGGUGGUUCAUGCCAGACAGGAAAAAGACAAGUCAGGGGUUCAGUUCCAAAAGCUGGAGUUGGGGGAGAGUGGAGGAGAGACUACAGAGAAACCCUCAGACCAGCCGUCACAGGAUGAGGAGCUUGUGUUGCAUUCAACGCUCAAUACAAGACAUAAGAAGAGACUGCUUGGAAAACGCAACACUCAGCCUUGGAAUCCUGAAUCUGCCAAGAAGCCUAAAAAGAACGUCCAAGAGUCCAAAUUAAAAGUGACCCGGCUGUCUGCCCGAAACAGAUCGCCACCGUCUGUGGAGAACUCCAUGCUGAGGACCAGGAAGAAAUACCUAGCUCUAGUUGGGUUCUCCUCAGAUGUGGACGAGCGGAGAGGACAAAUGCCUCAAAGCCGGAGUGCGCCAGUACGGAGAGGGCAAAUGGGUGCAGAUCCUGCAGGAGUUUGACUUCGGCGACCGCACCUCCGUCAACCUCAAAGACAGAUGGCGGAUCUUGAGGAAGCGUGAUAUCGUCUAGUGGACUACCAGCAGCAGCAGUAGCGGUCAUGGGAAUAACUAGAGAUAACUUUUUUUUGUUGUUAUUAUAAAAAUUGCUUUUUUGCUUGUAAAUGAAAAUAUGUUUGACAUUUUCACAGAACUAUAAGAAAGAUAUUUAUUUUCCAGAAGAAUAUGUAGCAGACACUUUCAUUGAAGAUUAUUGCAACCAAUUAGAAGUUGUAUGUUAGAUACAGUAAUGAUGAGAACCAAACUCUGUAAAAUGAAUUCACAUGACCCAGUCUAAUUAUUGUUUCUAAUAAACAUGUUCAAUAGCUUGUUUUAAA